AUGGCUCAACGUGUUACUUACAGAAGAAACAAUCCAUACAACACUCGUUCCAACAAGAUCAAGGUCGUUAAGACCCCAGGUGGUAUCUUGCGUGCCCAACACGUCAAGAAGUUGGCUUCCAGACCAAAGUGUGGUGACUGUGGUAUUGCUCUACCAGGUGUUUCUACCCUAAGACCAAGACAAUACGCUUCUGUCUCCAAGACUCACAAGACUGUUUCCAGAGUUUACGGUGGUUCUAGAUGUGCUAACUGUGUUAAGGAAAGAAUUGUCAGAGCUUUCUUGAUUGAAGAACAAAAGAUCGUCAAGAAGGUCGUCAAGGAACAAACCGCUGCUGCUCAAAAGGCUGAAAAGAAGGGUAAGAAGAACUAA